CCCCCCCACAUUCCUUUAUAAACUAUUGAAAGUAGCCUUGGGCUACGUGUGACAAAACGGGAUUUUAAUAUUUACAGCGUAAUUACACAUUUCAGAAUUACUUACAACACCAAAGACGACAUUGGGAUGAUUUUCAUACCUUUCAAAAACGAAUUACUAGAAACUCUUGCGAUUUUCGACUCCUUUUCAUUUGGAGAGACGAAAUUCGCAGCUUUUCACGCCAUUGUUCUGUAAAUUAUUUCGCCUUUUCGUAAAAAAUUCCGCAGAACCCUGAAGAAACCUUCCCUCUUUUGGAUAGAUCGAUUUGUACACUCGAAAACAGCGCAAAUAUAUGACAUUUUAACAGGUGGACGGCACUUGUACGAAAAGUAGAACAACCAUCUUUACGUGUCUGUUUUGACCACCACUUCAACUUUGGCAUAUCUAAUGUGGCGGAUGUGACGUCAUUUGCAACCCAAGAAUACUGUCUAGCUUGCGCGCGCGUCCACUUUAUAUUCGGCGAUGCUUCGAAGCUCGCGCUAGAAACAAAAAGGCUCAUGGGAAGUUAUCGAUGGAUAAUUCCAAACAGCCUCUGGUGGUAUUUUACAAUAUGUGACGUCACAUAAGAAACUACUCAGCUUCGUUUUGUAUGGGUGUGUUAAUUAAUAAUAUGUUAUUAAUUAGGGGAAACGUAUUUUUUCAACUUUGGUGAGAGCUCGAAGAGAGCUCGAGGAUGAUUACGUAUUGUCUGAUGUCAUAAUCAGCAUUCCCCCAAACUGAUCAAAACGUUCAUGAAAGCGAAACGAUAAACAAGUAUUCAUGGAGCGUACCAAGUUUUCAAAAUGAUAGAGUUUUUUAAGGACCACCCCGUCCUCACCGGACUAGCAGUCUGCACAGCAGGAGCCGCAGCGUUCUGCUAUUGCAGAAGUAAAUCGAGUGUCGAGAGUGAUGGUCAAGGAGAAGAGACCAAAGAAGAAGUACCCGUCGCGGUACAAGACGCUGUCGAAGAUGUCUCCGCGUGUUUUCCAGCCGAUCUUUUGCGAGCGGAGAAGUCUUCACAAUGUCGAGAAUUGCUUGUUUAUCAAGCCCGUUCUUGGGAGCUUUUGCUGCCGAGCUACAAGCAAGUGUUCCCGGAGCUCCACCCCCGGAACCUUCUUAAGAUCUUCAUCAAGCCGCGACUGCUGAUGCCAAUUGUUGUCUUUCUCGUGGCUGCUCCAAGGCAAGCAAUCGUUGUCUUUGAGUGCCCCGCUCCCACCGUCGUGCUGGGGGAUAUCCUGUACCUGAUGUCAGCGGUUACCUUCGCCGCUCUUAUAUGCUUUGUUAUCAACUUCGUCAUGAAGAUGCAUAUCCAGUCGAAGGUCAAAUCCCUUCAGGUGAGCGUUUAUUAAAGUGUGAAGAUUCAAGAACCACACCUCUACACCAACACGACGGGCAAAAUAGCUUCUCCAGUUUUAUUGUUAUACUUGCAUUCUUUUUUUUAUAAUUCUCCCAUUAAAGCUGUUAGAUUUCGGGGA